UUCCUCUAUCUACACAGUUGAAAAGCAUUGCCAUUUCCCGCGUUUUUCCAUUGAAGCUCCAAAGGAGGAGUUUCCUCUGCUUCAGAAAAAAAAUGGAGCCAUGGGUCCCGUUGUUCGACAUUUUCAUGAAUAGCCCAACACCAGAAACCGAAGCGUCGCUUUGGCUGCAACAAUCUUUCAAUGCCACAACAUCGUCAUCGUCAACAACAACUCCAAUCACCACAAGCUCUUUCCUUUCUCUGCUUACCAAACCUUGCAAUCCCAUUGUCAAAGACUCAUCUUUUUCUUCACCUCCCACAACAAAAAGGAUCAUGUUUAUAGAGACUCUACCGAGUAUGAUUCAGUCAAGAAUAUUGUCAUUUCUUGCUUUGGAGAAGAAGAGGUUUGAUGGAAAGGAAUUAUCUAAGCUGGCACGUAAUUUAUUGAGUGACAGUCAAGAGCUUGAAUUUUGGGUGAAGAGGGCCGCACGUAAUCUGCUUGAUGCAGUGUCUGAAUCAAAUAUUAAUGAGUGGAUUUCUGGUUUUAGUUUGGACUCUGGUGAAGAGUUUGAGUCCUUGCCGGAUUGGCUCAAGGACGUAGAUGCAACUAAUGAUCCGGUUCUCUCUUGGCUUCCUUUAUCUGUAGCUGAUUUUGGUUCGAGGCUUUGUGAUGAUAGUUUGGAAAAGGAUGAGGGUUUGUUUAGUCAAGUUGAAGAAAAUGGAGAAAAUGAUUUGAAGGAAGUUGGGGAGGCUAUUGAGGUGGAUCAGGCUCUGAAUGUGCCUUUAGAACCUGAAAUUGAAAAAAUGGCUCUUAGUUUGAGAAGCAGGGUUAUGAACUUUGAAUCUAGUUUGAAAGCUGUAGCUUUAGCGAAUGAAAUUCGCCAACUUUGCUUGGAUAAAGGAAGGGAUUCUUUGCAAGUUUUGAAUCUGAUUGAGCCUUGGAAAGCGGAGGAUGAGACUGCUUCAGUGCUGAUUUCUCAUCUUUCGUGUGGGGAUGAAGAAGAGCUUGCUUGGCCAAGUCGUGUUCUCUGCUCAAUUGUGCUUCCCAAGUUUUUGGUUAUGGAAGAGCCAGCUUCUCGUCUGCUGGUGACUUCGACAAUGGAGUACUGCAAGCUCCAUCAGAGGGCUUCUGUGCAUGGAUUAUUGUUUCCACUUGUAUUGCGAAGUGAGGGUAUCAAUAACCCAAUCUGUGAUGUGAUUACUAGGAUUGUAAGGGAAUGCUUGCACCCAGGUCAUGUUUCUGCCUACUGCCAGAAGCUGCUUUGUGGAGGAGAGGAGGAGAGGAGCUUCAUCUUGCUUCCAUGCCACCAAUAUCUUGUCUCCAAUCAAUUGGUAUGGACAGAAUCAUUGUUCAACCUCUUCCAGAACAUCUUAAAUCACAACGUUCACUUAACUCAGGAUUCAGUUGAUUGUCUUGUUUACCAUGUUAGGCAAAUGGCUGAAAGGUUUUCCAAAUCUCUAAAAUUUGGGAACUUCGUGUUAUGUUUGGUCAGUAAAUGCGCUUCACUAUUGAAGUCGCAUAAGAAUGUAUUAACUGAAGCAGUUGAGUGCACCAAUACUCUUGUUACAAAAUCUAUAUUAUCAAGAUUAGCUAGUCUUUAACUAUUGUGUUUAAUCUCAUAAGCCAAAAGAUUAGAACUUGACAGAGAAGUUACAGAACAAUAGGCACUUCCACACAGUAAUGGAAGUGGCACUUCCUAAUAGAGCUAGGCAAAGGGUCAAGGGAGUGGGAAUCAAGAACGGAAGAUGUGCUUCAAGCCACACUGGAAUAGAAACGGAGAGAAACCGCUUGACCAGGUCCUUUUUCUACCAUUAAAUUUUAAUGGAUACCUGUAGCUGAGAGUCGGCAUAUGAGGACAUAAAAAUGACAUUCUCUUCAGAUCUCAUUCAGAACUUUUUGAAUGUUGAGCCACUGGCCAUGUUCGAACUCAUGAAACUUUUUCCACAUUAGCUGUAAGUGCUAGUCUUGGAACGCUUGGUUGUUUUGUACACGCUUAUAUUUAGACCAAUAACUACUUGACAACAUCGACAAAACAGUUAAUGCAACGCUUACAAAUGCGAUAUGAGGUACUAUUAUAAGAGGAGGAGCCAAGUUUACUAUCU